GUGGUUUCUGAUAUGCGCUGACUUCAUGCUAGGGAACUCAGUAAACAUUGCUUAUUUAAUCUAGAAUCGUGGAGAAACCUUUAGAAUCUAGAAAAGAAAAAAAAGGUUUCUGCGUGGUAGAAGGCUGUCAAUAUGCAGAACGUCUUUAAUUCAGUAAAAGGCACAGCUCUAGGGGUGGCUGAAUAUCUAACGCCAGUACUAAAGGAAUCAAAAUUCAAGGAAACUGGUGUCAUAACCCCUGAAGAGUUUGUUGCUGCAGGUGAUCAUCUAGUACAUCAUUGUCCCACAUGGAAAUGGGCACCUGGGGAAGAAGCAAAAGUGAAAGCGUACUUACCCAAAGACAAGCAGUUUCUUUUAACCCGAAAUGUCCCAUGUUACAAGCGCUGUAAACAAAUGGAGUACUCUGAUGAGCUGGAGGCCAUUAUAGAAGAAGAUGAUGGUGAUGGAGGUUGGGUUGACACUUAUCAUAACUCAGGUGUGACUGGAAUGACUGAGGCAGUUCCUGAAAUGGAUAACAAAGUCAAUAUGAACAUAAAUGUAAAUGCGAUCAGUGGAAAUGAUGAAGAUGAUGAUGAUGAAGGAGAGGCAGCAGAUAUGGAAGAAUAUGAAGAAAGUGGACUUUUGGAAACAGAUGAGGCUACUCUUGACACAUGUAAAAUAGCAGAUACAGCCAAAUCAAGGGGUGAAGCUGGUGGUGAAGAUGCUAUUCUUCAGACAAGAACCUAUGACCUAUACAUCACCUAUGACAAAUACUAUCAAACUCCUAGGCUGUGGCUUUUUGGAUAUGAUGAGGGAAGAGAGCCCCUCACAGUUGAUCAAAUGUAUGAAGACAUCAGUCAAGAUCAUGUGAAGAAAACUGUCACUAUUGAAAACCACCCACACUUGCCUCCUCCUGCCAUGUGCUCUGUGCAUCCAUGCAGACAUGCUGAAGUGAUGAAGAAGAUCAUUGAAACUGUGGCUGAAGGUGGAGGAGAGCUUGGGGUCCAUAUGUACCUACUGAUUUUCUUGAAAUUUGUGCAAGCUGUCAUUCCAACAAUUGAAUAUGAUUACACAAGACAUUUCACUAUGUAACUUCAAUCUGCUUAACAUUAUAGUCAUUUUAUGAUUUUCUUUCUUAUUAAUAGGAGCUUUAUGUUUAGGCAGUGGCUAGCAACACAUACAAGGCAGUAACACUUUAUAAAUGUUAAAGUAGCUGUUAUCGGAAAUGAAUUUGCUGAAUGACAGAUUGCUGAAUGACCCAAUUGAGGUCAGCUUGGCAACACAAGUCUGGACCUUAAGCCUCAUUUUUGUUGUAAAUCACUUGUCUUAUGCUUAGCGCAUGGUGAAACACCGUGUUCUUACACUGAAUUUGAUCAGUACUACCAUAUUAUGCAUUACUGGCAAAUAAACUGCUUUAAAAACAAA